AUGAAAGUCCCAACGCGUCUCGUUAUUGCAGCAGCGCUGCUCUGUGCCGCGCAGCAGGUGCACGCAAUUGACUUUGCCACGUCGGGCGUCGACGACACGGGCGCGGGGUCGCCGGCCACGGAAGAUGUGGUGACCCAGGACGACAUCUCGACCGGGACGUCGUCGGCGGCGACGGAGUCGCUCGAGGAGCUCCCGGAAGACCCGACAGCGGACUUGACGGGGGUCAAGGGUGGGGACGCGGCUAGCGGGCUGGACACGCUGAGCUUGAGCGGCAGUGCAGAAGGCGACGUCGCUGGGGGAGUGUUGCCGGAGCCGGACGUGACUGGAGACACGGGCUCAGCGUCGUGCAGUGAGGAGUUUGAGCUCGCGGCUGGAAGUGGUGACGACGAGGCUGGGGAGGCCUCGGACUGCAAUGAAGAGCUAGAGAUUGCCGACUCGGACUGCAGUGAAGAGCUCGACAUUGCCGACUCGGACUGCAGUGAAGAGCUCGACAUUGCCGACUCGGACUGCGAUGAAGAGCUGGACAUUGCUGGCUCGGACUGCGAUGAAGAGCUCGACAUUGCCGGCUCGGACUGCAGUGAGGAGCUGGACAUUGCUGGAACGGAGGGUGACGAGCCGAUCGAUGGCGGUGUCGAGCCGGUCGAUGGCGGCGCUAAAGAGACGCCCGAGACCGGCGGUGGCGGCGGCACUGAAGAGACGAUCGAGACCGGCGGUGGUGAAGAGACGAUUGAGACGGGCGGUGGUACUGAAGAGACGAUCGAGACGGGCGGUGGCUCUAGUCCAGUUGAGGCCGGUGACGGCGGUGCUGCAAGUCCGAUCGAUGGCGGUGCUACGGAAGUCGAAACUCCUGAUGUUGAGACGGGCGGUGACGGUGGGACGCCUGCUGGCGAUGAGAAGGAGGUCUUCUUGCAAAACACUGAGCCUGAAUCUGACCCAACGGCUGAGAAGGGUGGUGACGCUGGAGGCGAUUUGAUGGAAGAUGAAGGCACUGGGGCCAGUGAGUCUGCUACGGAACCGGUCGAAUCCGAAGAAGAAACCAAUGCGUCGCCUGGUGGUGACGAUGGUGUCGUUAAACCUGCGGUUGAAGGCUUAGUUGAUAACGAAACUGAAGAUGAAAAGCUUACUGAAGUCGAAGAGCUGCCGAGUGAGAGCGGAGAAGGCAAAGAGAUAGGCGCGGGUAUUGGCGGUGGUGAAGAAGCUCCAGACGUUGAAGAGGAUCCGAUUGAAAGCGGAGAGGGCGAGAAGCCAAGCCCAAGUCUGGCUGUUGAAGGCGCCGAAGAGUUGCCUGAUGCUACGGGUGGUGGUGCGGAAACGCCUGACCCGAUCGAUGACAGUGCAACGAAAGGACAACCUCCUGUAGCGACGGGUGGUGACGACGAUGCUGGCUCGGACUGCUCGGAAGAGCUCGACAUCGCUGGUUCGGACUGCACGGAGGAGCUGGACAUUGCCGACUCGGACUGCGAUGAAGAGCUGGACAUUGCUGGCUCGGACUGCGAUGAAGAGCUCGACAUUGCUGGCUCGGACUGCAUUGAGGAGCUCGACAUUGCUGGCUCGGACUGCGAUGAAGAGCUUGACAUUGCUGGCCAGGAUGAUUCUUCUUGCAGUCAAGAGUUCUCGUUAGCUGGUAGCACUGGGACGGAUGAGCAGGACCUCGGCAGCGAGACGCUUCCUGACAUUGGUGGUGAAAAAGGAGAAGGCACCGAGACGGGUACCGACUUGACUUCUUCCUCUCUGGAUUCGCCAGCUUCUGCUACGGGCGAGGAGCAGGAGCAGGAGGAUUCGCCGGGCUCGGGUUCUGUGCUAACUAUAUUGCCGUCGGCUGACGAUGCUCUUGUUCCCGACGACACCACUGCCACUGCGUCAACCGGCGGCAGCAAAGACACUGAAAACACUGUCGAGCAGAAUGCUCUGAGUGCUGAGGCGGUGAGCUUUAAGUCGAGUGACGACCCCAAGACGGCGUCGAUGAGUUUUACGCCAUUCAUUGCUGCCGGUGUGGCUUGUGUCGCUCUGGCGAUUGUGGGUGCCGUGUACAUGAAGCGACGGAGCAGUAGGUCGAAGAAAGCGGAGGGCGACAUUUUUACCAUUGACAAGAACUCGGCCCUGUAA